AAUAGUCCAUACACCAAGAAGCCUGAUAUCGGUGGUGGUGGUAGUGGUGGUGGUGGUGGUGGUGGCGGCGGUGGAAGCAGAAACCGUUACGUCGGUGACUGUACUGGCCUGGCACGCAGUCAGUCGCAUGUAAAAGAAUGUUUACCAACUUGCAACAACCUGGAGACAUCUCAGUCUGCCUCCUCAGCCUCGGGCCACAGGCUAACGAGCAGUUUGGGCCAUCUGAUUGCCACUCGUGAAAUGAGGCCUCAUGUUUGGCCUCGCCUUAACGGCCGAACAUCAUUUACAUGCAAGCCAGCCGCCGGAGUGGCACCUUUAGCUCGGCUGACAACCUCCCCAAAUGGACUUGGUCUGGGCGAAGUUGCUGAAAUGACGCCGGCUACUGUCACAUCCGCCAGUGAACCCGAGUCGAAUCGAGGCGAGUCAAAACCGGCUGUGGACAGCCAAAAUUCCGUCGGGGGCAGAUCGGGCACUCUUGUCUCUGACGACUCGAUGCCGAGCGAAGAGGUCGGUGUGGGAAGAUCUUCGGGCUCAGUGGCUGAGUCAUGCUCUCCGCAGUCGGAGAACACGUCUUCCCUACAGGUAGGUUGA